GUGGGUAGUGGGCGGGGCCUCGGUGACUGGGCGCAGGCGGGCGCCGGGGUUCACCAGAAGGUCUUCGGCAUGUUGGCGCCCGCGGUGUACGUGGUAGUGGCGGCACUGCUCGUUGGCCUGAUUCUCUUCUUGAGCCGCAGCCGGCGCCGGCCGCCGGAAGCUGGUCAAGAGCUACCACGCAAUGAAGAGGUGCAAGGAGUAGCAACCCGGGUGGGCCAGUCACGGCCCCUGGAGGCAGAGGAGCAGAGAGCUGGAGUCAGACCCCGCCGCCGGAGGGACCUGGGUAGCCGCCUACAGGCUCAGCGUCGAAUGCAGAGGGUGACUUGGGCAGAAGUGGAUGAGAAUGAGGAAGAAACUGACAUCCCAGCUCAGGAGGAAGAAGGCAUUGAGAAGCCAGUAGAAACUCACCCAACAGGAAAAAUUGGAGCCAAGAAACUACGGAAACUAGAAGAGAAACAGGCGCGAAAAGCCCAGCGUGAGGCAGAGGAGGCUGAACGAGAGGAGCGGAGGCGCCUAGAGUCCCAGCGGGAGGCAGACUGGAAGAAGGAGGAGGAGCGGCUCCGCCUGGAGGAGGAACAGAAGGAGGAGGAGGAAAGAAAGGCCCGGGAAGAGCAGGCCCGGCGGGAGCAUGAGGAGUACCUGAAACUGAAGGAGGCCUUCGUGGUAGAGGAAGAGGGUGUGGGUGAGACCAUGACUGAGGAGCAGUCCCACAACUUCCUGACAGAGUUCAUCAACUACAUUAAGCAGUCCAAGGUUGUGCUUUUGGAAGAUUUGGCUUCCCAAGUGGGCCUGCGGACUCAGGACACCAUAAAUCGCAUCCAGGACCUGCUGGCUGAGGGGACUCUAACAGGUGUGAUUGACGACCGGGGCAAGUUCAUCUACAUAACCCCAGAGGAACUGGGUGCUGUGGCCAACUUCAUCCGACAGCGGGGCCGAGUGUCAAUCACUGAGCUUGCCCAGGCCAGCAACUCCCUCAUCGCCUGGGACCGGGAACCCCUAGCCCAGGCCCCAGCCUGACCCCAGCCUUUCCCUCUUGGACUCAUUGCUGGUGUGGUAUGCCUGGGCAUAU